GAGGAGGAGGAAGAAGAAGAAGGGAGGAGGAGGAGGGGAGGACACAAGCAAGAGAAGCUUCGCCGGGCGUGUAGUUGUGAAGCUUCCUUUCCCUGCCUCCCUCUCUCUAUCUCUCUCUCUCUCUCUCUCUCUCUCUCUCUCUCUCUCUCCUCCAUCCGUGAUGUUACAAAGCCUGUGAGCUGUUCUUUUCCCCCACUCGCCUCCUGUCACUUCCUUCCUAGACGCUCUCAGGACGAUUCCUGCUUACUUUUAAUCCGGCCAGCAGCACGGGCACUUUCGCCUCCUGAAUCCUCAGAUACACACACACACACACACACACGCCGCCACCAUCGCCAGAGAGCUGCUGGCUGCUCAUUGGAUUGCUUUGCAAGGUUGUGUGUGUGCGCGCGUGUGCGUUGCGCGCGCGCGUAUGUGCGGUUAAAGGAGGCUGCAUGUUGAACCAGGUGGUGAACAUCUUACAAGGCUGGAAGAACUAACGGCUCCCCCCACCCCUGUUUCCUCCUCCUCCUCCUCCUCCUCCUCCUCCCCACCACUCUCCUCGGUCUCUUGUCUCUUCUUCUCCCUCGGUUGCUCCCAAGAAGGGGGAAAUAUCUCAAGGACUAGCCUGAUCAUCCAGCCCUUUGCAAUCAGGAACGGAUGCAGGGGUCUGUGAAUUGAAUCGCGUAAGUGCUGAAGAAGGAUUCUUGGUUUGAGGAAACAGGAAAGAGGAAGGAAAGAUAAGAAGAAAAUACACGAGUGUAGGAACGAACGAGAGAAGAAAAACGGGGACUAUGGGGAGAAAAAAGAUUCAGAUCACAAGGAUUAUGGAUGAACGUAACAGGCAGGUGACAUUUACGAAGAGGAAAUUUGGGUUAAUGAAGAAGGCUUACGAGUUGAGUGUUCUCUGUGACUGUGAGAUUGCUCUAAUAAUCUUCAAUAGCACCAACAAACUGUUUCAGUACGCCAGCACUGAUAUGGACAAGGUGUUGCUGAAGUAUACAGAGUACAAUGAGCCACACGAGAGUCGAACGAAUUCAGAUAUUGUUGAGACGUUGAGAAAGAAAGGACUUAAUGGCUGUGACAGCCCAGACCCCGAUGCAGAUGAUUCAGUAGGUCACAGCCCUGAGUCAGAGGACAAGUACAGGAAAAUUAAUGAAGAUAUUGAUCUAAUGAUCAGCAGGCAAAGAUUAUGUGCAUUGAACAAGAAAGAAAACAAAGGCUGUGAAAGCCCCGAUCCUGACUCCUCUUAUGCCCUCACCCCACGCACUGAAGAAAAAUACAAAAAAAUUAAUGAAGAAUUUGAUAAUAUGAUCAAGAGCCAUAAAAUUCCUGCUGUUCCACCACCUAACUUUGAGAUGCCAGUUUCUAUCCCAGUGUCCAACCACAACAGCUUGGUAUACAGCAACCCUGUAAGCUCAUUGGGUAACCCCAACCUGUUGCCUCUGGCCCACCCUUCCUUACAGCGGAAUAGCAUGUCUCCUGGUGUGACACACCGGCCACCGAGUGCAGGAAACACAGGUGGCCUGAUGGGUGGGGACCUCACAACCGGUGCAGGCACCAGUGCAGGGAACGGGUAUGGCAACCCCCGAAACUCACCAGGUCUGCUGGUCUCACCUGGCAACUUGAACAAGAAUAUGCAAGCAAAGUCUCCUCCUCCCAUGAACUUGGGAAUGAACAACCGUAAACCUGAUCUCCGAGUGCUGAUUCCACCAGGCAGCAAGAACACGAUGCCAUCUGUGAAUCAGAGGAUAAAUAACUCUCAGUCUGCUCAGUCAUUGGCUACCCCAGUGGUUUCCGUGGCAACUCCUACUUUGCCAGGGCAAGGGAUGGGAGGAUACCCAUCAGCCAUUUCAACAACAUAUGGUACCGAAUACUCACUCAGCAGUGCAGAUUUGUCAUCGCUCUCUGGCUUUAACACUGCCAGCGCUCUCCACCUGGGCUCAGUAACCGGCUGGCAACAACAACACCUACAUAACAUGCCACCAUCUGCCCUCAGUCAGCUGGGAGCUUGCACUAGCACUCAUUUAUCUCAGAAUGCAAAUCUCUCCCUGCCUUCUACUCAAAGCCUCAACAUCAAGUCAGAACCUGUUUCUCCUCCUAGAGACCGUACCACCACACCUUCGAGAUACCCACAGCACACGCGUCACGAGGCGGGAAGAUCCCCUGUUGACAGCUUGAGCAGUUGCAGUAGUUCGUAUGACGGAAGCGAUAGAGAGGAUCACCGGAACGAAUUCCACUCUCCCAUUGGACUCACCAGACCUUCGCCGGACGAAAGGGAAAGCCCCUCUGUCAAACGCAUGAGGCUGUCUGAAGGAUGGGCAACAUGAUAACAUUAUUAGCUAUUAGGGGUUUUUUUUUUCUUGCAGUGUGUGUGUGCGUGUGCGUGUGCUAUACCUUAAUGGGGAAGAGGGCGGGCGGGAGGGGGUCGAUAUGCAUUAUAUGUGCUGUGCGUGUGGGGGCGGGGGGGGAAAGUCAGGUACUCUGUUUUGUAAAAGUACUUUUAAAUUGCCUCAGUGAUACCAUAUUAAAGAUAAACAGCAAUGCUGAGAUAAGCUUCGCACUUGAGUUGUACAACAGAACACUUGUACAAAAUAGGUUUUAAGGUUAACUUCUUUUCACUGUUGUGCUCCUUUGCAAAAUGUAUGUUACAAUAGAUAGUGUCAUGUUGCAGGUUCAACGUUAUUUACAUGUAAAUAGGUGGAAAAAAAGAGGAAAAAAAAGGAAACGUUUUUUUGCCCAACGGUGGCAGAUCUUUACUGAGAGAGAAAGCAGCUGUUAUGCAACAUAUAGAAAAUGUACAGACAUUUUGGGAGACCCAGAAAUUGGGUGACCAAAUAAAAAAAGAAAAAGGAUGGUCACCUAAUAUAUCUGAAAUGCACACAAAUAUGUUGGCGUAUUAUUGGAGUAUGGCAUUUAAAAGAGGACCAUACUUGUAAAAAAAAAUUAGUUUGAGGGCUAACCUAUUUAAUUUUUAAAAUUCUGGGUCUGCAUCACUUAUUAAAUAAAAAUAUAAAAAUAUGUAAAUUACAUUUUCCUUAUUUUCAUAUUAAAAAGUAAGACAGAGUUCGCAAAGCAUUGUGGCUUUUUGUAGUCUACUUAAGCCAAAAUGUGUUUUUUCCCCUUCAUAGCUUCGCCAAUAUUUUAAACAUCCCUGAAAGAAACAAAAGGGGACUUUUUGUUUUUGUAUAGAAAGCACUACCCUAAGCCAUGAAGAACUCCAUGCUUUGCUAACCAAGAUAACUGUUUUCUCUUUGCAGAAGUUUUGUUUUUGAAAUGUGUAUUUCUAAUUAUAUAAAAUAUUAAGAAUCUUUUAAAAAAAAUCUGUGAAAUUAACAUGCUUGUGUAUAGCUUUCUAAUAUAUAUAAUAAUUAUGGUAA